AUGCCACCAAAGCGCGACGUCAACAAAAAACCAUCGAAAAAUGUGAGUUAACUUUUCAGAUUAGCAAUUAAAAUGAUAUAAUAAUGAUUUGUUUCCAGUCCCGCCGCUCUCCUUCGCCGGAUUCUCGAUCUUCAACCCGAUCUCCGUCACCUUAUGAGCCGCCAAGGACAAGAUCGCAAACCUGCGCGAUGCAGGCCGCCGCUGCUCGAGCCCGUGCUGAUGCCGGUUUGCCCCCUCUUCCAACGCCUUCCAAAAAGGCGGGAAAGUUCUUCCUCGAUCCUUCGGUGAGUUUUUUCGGGAUUUAGUUUGCUGGUAGUUAGGAUUGGGUUUCUUGAGCUAAAUUUCUUAUUCAGAUUACUAUUUUUGGUCAUAAAAAACACGAAAAAUCAAGGUUUUUCGUGUUUUUUAUGACCAAAAAUAUUAAAUGGUCCGGCAACGGAGAUUAUGAGAACUUUUAAAAUGUUCAAAUGUUGAUGAAUGAAUCUCAAAAUGCAUUUACUUCACAAAAAUUGAAGUUGAACAUAAAUUUCAGAAAAAUAAAAAACUGAAAAGAUAUAUGUGGCCGAACUAUUUUGGUGGCCGAGAAAUGUCGGGAAUUCGGCCAAAGCAAUAAACGCGCUCUAAUGUUACAAAAAUCCUUAUUGUUAGAGCGCGUUUAUUGCUUUGACCGAAUUCCCGACAUUUCUCGGCCACCAAAAUAGUUCGGCCACAUAUAUAUUUUUUUUUGCAGUUUUUUUUUAAAUUUUUCUGAAGUUCAUGUUCAACUUCAAUUUUUAUGAAGUAAGUGCAGCUUGAGAUUCAUUCAUCAACAUUUGAACAUUUUUAAAAGUUCUCAUAAUCUCCGUUGCUGGACCAUUUAAUCUGCAAAACCUUCUAAAUUUAAGGCUUUCUCGGGCUUUUUCCAUGAUUAUGUGGGUCCCACAGGGUUUCCCCAAGCUUCAAAAGCUUUCUCAGGGCCUCUAGAUCUUUCCCGGGCUUUUCCAGGACUUCCAGGCUUUCUCAGAUGCAUUCAGGCUUUCGCAGAUCCAAUCUGAACAUGCCUUAAUAUUUCUUAGGCUUCACAAGCUUUUCCCAUGUUUCUGCAGGUCCCUCAGGGUUUUUCACAGUCUUUCUCAGGCCUCCAGGUCCCCACCGGGCUUUUCCAGUUCUCUCAGACUCAUCCGGGCUUCAGAAACUUCCCCAGGCUCCCCCAAAUUUUGCAUGUUUUUUGUAAUGAAUCGUAUCUUUUUCAGCCACCCAAGGGUGUGCGAAGGAUAGUCAAGAAGGUUCGAGAAGCGCUCUCCUGUUCCAAAACCAAGUCGAAGUCGAAGAAUUCUCGCACCACCACCAGAGGAAGAGGAAGACCAGCGAAAAAGACGGGAAAUAAGAAGAAGCCUGUUGUCAAGCAACAACCACAAGUUCGCCGAGCUUCGCCAACACCUUCACCAGCGAGAAGUCCAUCACCGGAUGCAAAUGAAGAUUCGGAUGAUGAUCGUUAUGAGCAUUCUCCUCGAACCCGAACUCCUCCACCAGCUGCUCGAAGAUCGACUUCGAAUGUUCGAAGCAAUGAUAGUAGAAGGGGAAGAAGUCGUUCUCCAAUUGCCAGUCCAUCUCCAGUUUCUCGCCGUCGAUCAGCGCACUCCACUCGAAAUGCCAACUCGAAUUCUUAUCGACCACUGGAAGUUAGUUUUUUUUCUCCGGGUUUUUCUUAUCUUAGGCUUGUUGGGCAAAGAUUUCUGAAGAAUGACAGGAAUUCAGAGGGUUUUCUAGAACUUCAUAGGGCUUUUCAGUUUGCAGAUGAUAAAUGAAUUAUUUUUUCAGCACGGCCCGCAGUUUCGUGAACAGUGGGAGACUAAUGUCUCGGGAGCGUUUUCGGAGCGUUUUAGAAGACAAGGACGUGUGCCUGUGGACGUAACACAGCCGUCCAGUUCUUCUCGACGCUCUCAUCGUUCCCGCCGAUCCCGCCACGAAGAACAACGCACUCAGGAAGAAGAUGAAGAUUCUGGAUCGGAUGUCAAUCAACCGUCGACUAGUCGUGGACAAGGUUCAACUCGCAGACGUCGUUAGUUUAUUUCUCAUUUUUCAUAGUUUUUUUGGGUUUAUUGGGUAUUCAUUAUUUUCUUGUCAAAUAGGUCUUAUUUUGGGGAUUUCUUUAUUUUACUUUUUGGUUUUUUUCCGGUAUUAUUUCAAUUUUUUCUGUCAAAUAUUUCUACGUAUUUUUGUGUCUCCUUCUUCACCGUAUUUUUAUUUGGGGUCACUGUAUUGCUGUCAAAUAGAAUUUUUUCCCGCUCUCCAACUCGUAUUUGCUGUGAAUAUUCGGCUCUUUUAUUUUUUCUUUCAUAAAUUUUUUGUAUUUGAAGAUGUGUUUGAAAUAUUGACUUCCAUCUCUUCUCCGGCUUCUCAGAAUUUUGUGGUGACUCUUUAAUUGAAAAGAGAAUGAAAAUACGGUCAUUGGAUUUGUGAGCCGAGAGGUGGUGGGUUCGAAUCCCACCCGAUGCAAUGUUUUUUAUUUUUAUUUUUGUUCUUGAGAAAUAUGUUUCUGGGGAUACCAUAGCUUGAAAUUAGUCUUUUUUUGGCAGAGGAAGUUCUGGACUUACUGAAAGUCUUGUUUUUUUUUUGAAAGAAACGGCUAUUGUAGAAUAACAUUUUCUCGAUGUCAGAAGACUUCAGGAGGUUCCAAAAGGCUUCACAAGCCUUCAGGGGGCUUCACAAGCCUUCAGAAGGCUUCAGGAGGCUUCAGAAGGUUGUAAAGGGCUCCAGAAGACUUCAGGAGGUUCCAAAAGGCUUCAGGAGGCUUCAGAAGGCUUCCGAAGGCUUCACAAGCCUUCAGGAGGCUCCAGAAGGUUUCACAAGCCUUCAGGGGGCUUCACAAGCCUUCAUGAAGCUUCAGAAGGCUUCACAAGCCUUGAGGAGGCUCCAGAAAGUUUCACUAGCCUUCAGGAGGCUUCAGAAGGCUUCAUGGGGCUUCAGAGGAAAUUAUGUGCUCUGUAGAGCGUUGGGUUGACACCCGGGAGGUGGUGGUUUCGAAUCUCGCCCGAUGCAAUGUUUUUUUUUGUUGUUUUUGAGAAAUAUGUUCCUGGGGGGGUAGUUUAGCGAUAAAUUCAUCAGAUUUUUUCAUGGCAGAACUUCUGGGAUACUGUAGUUUGUUUUUAGUAGGUUUCAAAAGGUUUGAGAAGCCUUCUGACGCCUUUUGAACAAGCCAAACUGCUUGUGAACCUAAGAAAAAGUGGUCCAGAUUGGUCCAGAGGUGAAAAUUUGUAUCGUUUUUGUUUCAAAAAUUUUUUUCAGAAUUUUGCGAAAUCUCUUUCGUUGAAAAAAGGAUGAAAAUGCGGUCAUUUUGAUGUAUUUACUUGUUACAAAACCUUUCUUCAAUGCGACAAGCUUUUUUUGAGCGGCAUGCAAUAUCAAGGGUAUUUUGAACAUGGGAAAAUGUGAGGCCUGUGGUGUUGUGGUAGAGCGCUCGAUUGUGAGCUGAGAGGUGAUGGGUUCGAAUCCCACCCUAUGCAAUGUUUUUUGUUUUUUCUUUAUUUUCGUGUGCACAGUCUCCAUUUCCUUGUGUGUACACUAAAUGCGCUCAGCGCACUUGGCUGACGCUUUUUUUGUGUCUCCUCCUUCCUCCUUUUCUUCCUGUUCGCAUAUUUUGAAUAUUGUUUUCCUCCAUUUUCGGUGUUUUUUUUUUUGAUUUUGAAGCUUUUUUUUGCGCUUUUUCCUGGAAAUUUUGAGGUUUUAUUCCAUUUUUCUAGAAAAUGUUUUUGAGAAUGUUCUAGAAUACAUUCUGACUGUGAAAUCUUCUAAUUUUUCUUGUGAUUUUCUGUUUUUUUUUUCUGAUUUUUUCGCUUUUUUUUAUUAGAACUGAUAGUAUUUUGGCUAUUCUGUUGACUUUUGAAUGAAUUGUGUUGUUCUAGACUUUAACUAAUUUGUAGGUUGUAUUUGUGAUUUUCGAGUAAUCUCAUAAAACAUUGUUUUUUCUUUAUUUUUUUGUAUUCUUCUCUUCAUAUUCCGCUUUUCGUUGUUUAUUUUAUCAAUUUUUUAUUUUAAAAUGGUUUUUGCAGUGCUUCGAAGUCUUUUGUGGAUUCAACAAAUCGAUAAAUCGACAAAUCGCUUCUUCCGCCUCGCCAUCCCGGAGACUAAGGUUAGUUGUUUUUAUUUGAAGUCUAGGAAAAAUUCUGAUAUGUUUUUGAUAUUUUGUCAAACAUUUUAGAAAUUGAACUUUUUGUUCGAGAACCUUUUUGAAACUAAAAAUCAAAUUUUUUUUGUGGAAAAAUCAGUUUUAGAUCCAAGUUUUAAUAAAAAUUAUGAAUCCUUUUUGAAUUAGGAAAAAAAAAUGUUUGAGUUCGAAAAUGUUUGACAAAUUUUCAUUGACGUGUUUAAAAAAUAGGCGGGAAAUGUGGAAUUUUUGAAUUUUCAAUGGGAAAUCUAUAUAUUUUUCUGGUAAAAACUCUAGGCUUCUUGCAUAAAGAAACUGCUCUUAAAAUUUGAAAAAUCUAAGUUUCCCGCCAAUUUUCAACACGUCAUCAAAUAAUUUCAUAUUCAAAUUUUUUCGGCCAAAAACUCUGAAUUACAAACUGAAUUUUAUGCUAUAAUUUUGGUUUCAUAAAAUAUGAAUUUGAAAUUUCUGAUGACGUGUCAAAAAAAUAUUCUGGUUGAUUAUUGUUGUCUGAUUUUUCUGCUGAUUUUUGUCUGUAUUUUUGUUUCAUUUUUUGGCUGAAUUUUUAUCAUCUAUUUUGUUUUAUUCUGAAAAUUUGAUUUUAAAAUUUUUAUUGAAAAAUUUCAAAUUUCAAAAUUUUUUGGCUUUCAAGAAAAAAACUUUUCAAAAAAAAUCCAACCUUAGUUUUGAUGAAUUCCAAUUUCAUUAUUCAUUUUCUUGAUAUUACAUUUGAAUUUUUAGAAAACUUUUCGGAAAAAAAAACUUUCUAAAACCUAUUCUAAAUUUUUUCGUUGAAUUUUCGUCUGAUUUAUUUGUUGAUUCAUUUGUUGAUUCCUUUUUUUUCAUUCUGAAAAUUUGAUCUUAAAAUUUUUAUUGAGAAAAUUUCAAAUUUCGAACAAUUUGGCUUCCAAGAAAAAAAGCUUCUAGGAAUCUCCCUAAACCUUCAACUUUAGAUAUCUUUGACUUAUAAGAACUUUUUGAGUUUCUAGGAAUCUCUGCGAGCCUUGAAACUUUGCCUGGGCUAUUGGAAAUAUUUCUGACUGUGUUGAAUUCUUCUCUGAGCUUCUAGGAUUAUCCCACAGUCUUCAGAAGCAGCGUCAGCUUCAAAUGUUGGUUGAAAUUUUCCCUGACCUUCAAAACCUUCUUUGAACUUCUUUGCACACCCAUCCACAUAAUUAUAACCUUACUUGAUUUUUUUUUGAAAAAUUCCAUAUUUUGAGUUUUUUUUAUUAAUUGUACUCGAAAGAUGUUAAACACACGAAUUACAAUUGAAUUCAUAAAAAAAUUCAAGUUUAUUGAUCGAAAAAUGACUCGUGGCUAAAUCAGGAAGGCUUCCUAAUUUUGCCAUUGAUAAAGUCAUCGAUCAAUUUUUCAAAAAAAAACUUAUUGAAUCAAUUUUUUGUAUUAAGUGUACUCGAUAGGGACUGUUAGCCCCCAGGCGGAAAAAUAGUUGAUCAAAAAAAUAGAAUUCUCUUUAGACAGUACUCAAUAAAUGCUCACUGAAAAUUUCGCAUUUUAUUUCACAAAUAGACUCCAAAGUUUUGCGAAGUCUACUGUAGUCUUGGUUUCCUAAGCGAUUUCGGUUCUCUUCCAAGGUUCUUUUUUUUCGGAUUGACAAUAGACUAUUUUUUUCACGUCAAAAUUUUUCUGGGGGGAUUUCUAAGCAAAUUGAUGGUUAUUUCUUAUGUCAGAAAUGGUCUAGUAGUUAGAUCACGUGUUUUUUGUUCAGAAGGUCCUGUAGAUUUCUUCACCGACUUUUUGGAACUUUUUUUUGAGUUUCUAGGAAUCUCUGAGAGCCUUGAAAAGUUGCCAAAACUUCUAGACUGUGUUGAAUUCUCCUCCAGCGAAUAAUGAUCGAGGAAGUACUCUCCUAACUUUUUAUAGUUUCCCGAGUUUCCGAAAAUCGGUAAAAUUUUGAGUAAAAAAAUAGACCAAAAUUAAAAAAAUCGUUCCAUAGCUGAAACUUCACGGAAUUUAGCGUUCAAAUAAGCAAAAUGAAGCUGAAAGUGUAAAUUUUUGUGAAAAAAUUGAGUAUGUUUGUGCGAAACAAAAAACUUAUUUGAAAUAUGUUGAAAAAAUCUGACUAUAUUCACAAAUUCAUAUGAACUUGAUUCUGGAAACUUCUUUAGAAAAUAGUUGAGAAAAAUAUUUUAAGCUCCAGCUGUGGAUUCCAACAUGAUUUCAGUAAAAAAUAAUUAAAAAAAAUAGAAACAAAGAUAAAUUUGAGUUUGAAUUUCAGGUUGCUCCUGUGACAUCACAAGUCGAUGAUUCAACACAGCGAGGAAGAAUUUUAAGAAUCCGCUCUCAGCUUCAAAAACACGUGCUGGAAAACAUGCCGUUUAAUUUUCAAGUGAUUCAUCGGUUAGUUUUUUUUCAUUUCUAUAUUUUUCGAGAGCGUGGAGAUUUAAAAAAAAAUGGAAUUUUUCAAAACUUCUUCACAAGCUUCAGGGAAACUUGAGAGAUUUCAUAAUUCAUCGGAAAAAAAUAAUUCUGAACUUUUAGGAUUCAUCAAAAAAUCAAAAUAGUUUUCCAAACCAAUUUUUGAAAAAAAGGAGUUUUAGAAAUUUUAUUUGAAUUUUUUGAAUUUUGUUUAGAUGAAUCCUAAAUUUUUUGAAGUUUUUUGUGGGCUCAAAAUUAAUAUGAAUUAUGAAAUCUCUCAAAUUUCUCUGAAACUUGUGAAUUUGAAUUGAAAAUAGCGAAAAUUUGUUGAAUUGUUUUGAAUAUUUUUUUUUGUUUUUUCAAACUGAGUUUUAGAUGAAGCUUGUGAAAAAAAUUCAGUGGUUCAAAAGUUAGGGCUAAAUGUGAUUUUUUUUAGUUUAGUAAAAAAAGUUUCUUCAAAAUUCGAGAAGAAAAAUUUUCUGAAUAAAAGUGAUAUUUUUUUUAGUUGCAAAUGAAAAUUUACUAUAAAUCAAAGUAAAACAAAAUUAACCUUUGUCAAUUUUCCAGAUUUCCAUUGAUGGCCUUCUGA